AUGCCACCACCACAUUUGAUAUUAGCUGAAUCAGUGGAAAUCAUUGAUGACUCAAAAAAUGAUACAGAAUCAAUUGACAUCAAACAUGGUGAAGAAGAAAUCAGGAGGCUUUCACUGGAUGAAAUUGACAUUCGGAAUAAAUUACUUGCAAUUUUGACUUCACAACAAAAAGAAGAUAAGAAAUCUGGAAAAGAUUGUGUAUCAUCUAUAUCCCUAAAUCAUAUUAUAGAUUCAUCUAAUAAUGAAGUAUUCAAACAAGUUAAUAAUACAUUAAAUGAAAGUCAAACUGAAUGGCUCAAUAUGAAUACUCCAGCAAAGAAAAGGAAUGAUAAAAAUCAGCCUUUACCUUCAUCAUCUAAAUCCCCAUCACCUGGAUCUCCAUUACAAAGAUCUGAUUUAUUUUCAUAUUUAGAAUAG